CUUACUCUUAUUCUGUUUUUGGUUGGAACCGCGGGAACUCAAAAUACGAUCCGAGCGUAAGAGCGUCUAAUAAAAAAACUUUACUUACUGUCGGCACUAUGGAACAGAUUUUAUGGACAUAACCACUUUGUUUGUUUUGGGGAUGUUAAUAUGUGUUUCAUGUGGGAAAAUGUCUUUGAUUUCGAAAGGUACUAUUAGUUCUCUGAUGAUUUUGAUCGUAUAUCAGUUAAACGUUAAUUAGGCCACAGCAAGUAAAUUUUAUGGAUGUCAUCAGCACACUCAUCAACUUUCGACUGCUUUCAGAAAAAAAAGAAUAUUUUUGUCCUCUUCGGGGAUUAAUGAGAUAGACCAAAAUGGGCAAGCUAGAGAGGUAGAUUGGUAAGCAGAAGUGAAACUUGUUGGAUAGUUGUGAAAGUGCCACCAAUAUGAAUGCCAUGAAUGUAGUUGACACCUUGGCAAGUGGUACCAUUGUAACACACUAGUAUCACUUAUUAUACUACAGAAGUUCACUUCUUUGAUACAGGAAUGAAUCCCUUGUUAGUUGUGAUGCCAUGUUACGAUGUUUAUGGUGUCUAUUUCGAAAAUUUUGCCAUCCUUUUUUACCCAUCUUGUUUCUUUCUUGCUAUCUCAUUAUUUUUGCAUUCUGCAUAGGAUGUCAUCCAUAAAAUUUACUUGCUGUGUGGCCUUAUAAUCAAUAAUUUCCAUGAUCACUUGUGAUGACAUUAACUUAUAAUAGCACUAUCCCAUAUAUUACAGGUCCAUCUACAAUAUCCCUCUGACAAACGUGCCCGUGUCGUGGAUCUGACAGGGAUUGAGACCAUGACCCAACAGGUGGCAGAGAAAAGGUGGUCCGCAGCAGCUACAAGUGCGUUGAAACACAAGGAGUUUUCUGCAGCCCUGAAGGAAAAGGUUGGUGCCACAAUCACUAAAGAGGUCCAAUCUUUAGCUCCAACAUCCAUCCUCCAAAAAACUUCACCCGAUGACCUUGUGAACUUUAACCAGGAUGAGUUUGCUGAGGAACUGGAAAGCCGGGCCCCUUGGCUUGACGCAUGCUUCCAGGGGGCAUGUGGGACAGAGAGCCAGAAGGCCACAACAGCAAAGUGUACAGCUGCUUCAAUCUGCAUACGAGUCAAACAUCCUAAGCUGUCUGCUAUACAGUACAGAAACAGUUUUGCUCUGCUACAUGGGGGGGCAAAAAAAAGUACCUUCGCCAGGUUGAACAAGCAAAACAUCUGUAUGUCUCACAAAAGUACCAUUGCAAAACAGAAGGAGAUGGGGGAAGACAGGGAUGAAGACAUCAAAAAAUGGAAGGAAGCUGUUGAGUCCCAUAUAGAGGCAAUAUCUUUGCUAGAGACCCUACUCAUUCAAACACAAGAGGAGGAUGCCCGUGCAGCAAAAGCAGGUCUUGACACCUCUGGGAACAGCACCAUAAGUUCAGCAGACCUGCAGGCCAGUGGGUUCAGUUUUGACUCCUUCAGCAUCCAAAGUCCAUGCUCACAAGACGAAGGAGAGAACAUCUAUGAAGAACUCGGGGUCAAGCCGUUGGAGAAUGAAGAUGCAGAAGCGAACACGCCUGCCACCGAACAAGAAGGCUGCCCUAUCCCCAACACAAAGUCUCCACUCAUUGACUCUAUGAUGGAGAUACCGGGAUUCUGUGACGGUGCCUACCAAAAAGCAGCACAUGCCUUGGAGACGGUAAAAAGUCGUGACAAGACAGAUUCAGCAGCAGUUCAAGAAGCAAUCAACCUCAUGAAGGACACACCUCUCCCUACCUAUCAGUUAAUAGUGGACAACCUGGACAUGGAGGUCGUGGCAAAACACCAAUCAAAAGACAAGAAAAGCCAGUCCUUACAUUGGGUGCACCAAAUGGCUGCAAAGGACAGAGUCACCACAACCCUACCAGACGACAGACCGCAAAAACCAAUAGAAGACCUUCAAAUCUCAGAAGUGAUGCUGACAGAGGAGGUACAAUGUCUGCUGCGGAAAGACUACAUUGUUCACGUGACUCGAACACUGGAGAAUAACCUGCCUGCACUCAGCUGCAUCAAAGGGGCAGCGGUCAAGCACAUUCGGCACGAGUACACGGAGGAGAUGUCACAGCCCACAGAAGAGACCUGGCUUGGACUCCAGUUCAAGAAUGAAAACAAGAGUGGGGACAUGGUCCAGAUUCUGCGCAACUAUCAAGAAAACUACAUCCCCGUCAAGGAAGACGAGGACGGCUGCAUCACAGAACUCCUCCAGCCAGUGCUACUAGGAGGUGACUGGCUCACUGAGGAACGUGUACAUGGUGUGCAGGCUGCAUUUCAGGAUGGCAACACCCCCCUGGAGCGUUUUGAAUCGUCGAUCGGAAAGCAUGACGUGUGGCAUGCAGCACGCAACCUGACAGAGAUCUACGACGGCGAAUAUGGGGGCGAAACACCCCGGGACAAGGGAACGUUGUGUGCCAAUAUGAACGUCAUUGGUGCCAUUUGCGCAAAGAAGGGACCACACCAGGCCUACAACCACUACAAGGAGUUCAUGGACAAGGACCUGGAUGCCACGAUCAUCCACGCGGCCAUGGAAAUAUUCAGCCUUCCAAGCAUUGAUGCUCAGCCAGAAGACUUCCCUCCUCCAUACAUCCGGGCUGCCAGCCGACACAAGCAGCGAGACUGGUUGGAAUGCAGGGCAGCAGAGAUAGUCGACCUCAUCUUUGCUGAGGAGACGUUUACAGUCCGUGACAUUCAGCAAGGUAUGGCACCUAAGCCCAAACCUGAGUUGCCAUGUCGGUAUCCUGGCUGCACAAAGGUGUACAAAAGGCCAGGGUCCCGAAAAUCACAUGAAGAAAGUAAACAUGGUCUUGUGGUGGAGGAGGAGGAAAGCACCAAUGCUACCUCCUCCAGCUCAGAAGACCAUGUUUACAACUACCAUAUUGGUAAACUGACCCUUGGUCUCCUCAUAAGGAAUAUCAAUGAUGCCACAAAGGAGGGUGAUGGGGAGAGGCUCUCCAGGUGUUUCAGGAUGGCCCUUUUGUAUUACAAGGCCUUUGGUCACACCAAAUAUGCAUAUGGCACUCUGCUUUUCUUCGCCAGAGUUCAUGCCCUGUUGCCCCCUAGGCUGGCCCACAGUUUGAAGUGGAACAGAGUAGUGAACAACAGAGGCGGUAAAGGUAACAAUAUUCCUAUGGAUCUAAAUCUCGAACACGGCAAUUUCUACGUGAAAUCCUUCCUGAAACACCUGGGACCAAACUUGAAUGAGCAAACUGCUGCUCGGGUGGCAAAUUCCAUUGGCAGGAUGGCAAAACUGCUCAAGAAAGCUGACAGAGAUUGGGGUGUUAAGCGGGAGACAGGCUACCAUCACAAAGCCGACCCGACUACAGAUAUUCAUACUUUGGUGGAGCAGUAUGCUCAGGUAGGAGUAUUCCGUCACCAACCAGGCAGAGCAUAUGAUGGUUUCCCCAACAUCAAAGCUAGCGUUCUAUCAGCAAAGAUAAACGCCAGCAAACUGUCAGUUUGGAUGAGGUCACUUUUCGCCAAGUGGGGACCCCUGUAUGAGUAGGUGUUUGAGAGAUGCCUGUUUUGAUUUACAUGACUGAAAUAUCCACAAGAUUUCUAUGCCAUGUUAACAUUUAUAGGAGCAUACCCCUUUUGAUUGUGAUAACCCCUUUUCAAAGAAAUUCAAUGUGUUGUAUUGUAAUGUCUAAUAUCAAAUCUAUGGUUAGCUUUGAAGUGUUACUGUUCGAAAAAUAUACCUCAUGCAAUGAUGGAUCAUUCAAACAGUUUAUUUACCUGAAGGGAACAUAAAAGUAGAAGUAAAAUGAUGAAAGAACUAUGUUACUUUGAAAUUGCAUGCCAUCUUCCAGGCACAAAAGGUAAUAGCUAAUACAAAAAUGUAAUAACUAUUCAGUAUUCACUCAAUAUGGACUUUCGCCAUAUCAUGUCAUACAUGUAAAUAAAAGUUCUUUGUAGGAAUUAUACAACAUAUUACUGUAACUAUGUUCUAUAGUUUAGCCGACAUGAAAAGGAUACUUCUGUACAUGGAAUCUUUCCUAGGAACUUGUUGCUCUUCAAAUACUGACAUGUAAUUGCAAUUUGUGCAAAAGGUAUUGAUACAGUAUUGCUUGAGGCAGUGAACUUGUUAGCCUACAUUGUAUUUUGAAGGUGAAUAUAAGAUAUGAACAUGGGAAACAAUGUAAGUUAUGUAGCCGAUUUGUAACAUAUGUAACAUAGGAAAUUAUUGAGAAAAUGGAAGUUGUUAACAAGGUCGUAAUGACAUGGAAUAAUUAUAGUUUUUUUCGCAUGGCAGUGAUAUAUUGCGCAAGGCUUGUUUGUAAACUGCAUUGUAUUUUUCAAUGGUGAAUAUAAACAAUGCACAUGGGAGUCUCUGUAAGCUAAUGUUAACCAAGAAGUGUUUAGAUUGCUUUGCCUGGUGUACAUAGAUCAAUAAAACAUUAGUUUUGAGACAUAU